AUUGCAUAGGUAGAAAUUAAAAAUUAUAAUAUUCCUCGACUCUUCUCCUUCGAAUCCACUCCACGCCACCACGCGCGACACACUCCCUCUUCUCCAUCGCCAAUGUCGUCCUCCGCCAUCAAAUUAAUAGAUAUCGCCGCAAACCUCGCCGAUGGCAUGUUCAAGGGCAUCUACAACGGCAAGCAGUGCCACGUGGCCGACAUCCCCGCCGUCCUCGCCCGCGCGUGGAGCGCCGGCGUCGACCGCAUCAUCGUCACCGGAGGUUCGCUGGAGGAGUCGAAGGAGGCUCUCGCAAUCGCGGAAACCGACGGGCGGCUUUUCUGCACCGUCGGCGUGCAUCCGACCAGAUGCAAGGAGUUUGAGGAGAGUGGGGAUCCGGAGGGCCAUUUUCAAGCGCUUCUGUCGUUAGCCAAGGAGGGGAUUGAGAAAGGGAAGGUGGUGGCGAUUGGUGAGUGUGGCUUGGAUUAUGAUAGGCUUCACUUUUGCCCUUCUGAGACACAGAAGAGGUACUUCGAGAAACAGUUCGAGCUGGCAGAAGCUGUGAAGUUACCGAUGUUUCUGCACAUGCGUGCUGCUGCUGAAGAUUUUUGUGAAAUUGUCGCUCGAAAUAAGAAGAGGUUCACUGCUGGGGUUGCUCAUUCCUUUACCGGCAGCUCGGAAGAUCGUGACAGGCUCCUGUUAUUUGAUAAUAUGUUCAUAGGUAUUAAUGGCUGUUCGCUGAAGACCAUUGAGAAUCUUGAAGUUCUGAGAGGCAUUCCCAUCAAAAGAAUGAUGAUAGAGACUGAUUCUCCUUACUGCGAAAUAAGAAAUACUCAUGCUGGAAUACAAUAUGUAAAAUCAGUAUGGCCUUCGAAAAAGAAAGAAAAGUAUGAGCAUGAUUCACCUGUUAAAGGUCGCAAUGAACCUUGUUUCGUAAGGCAAGUCCUUGAGGUGGUUGCCGGCUGUAAAGGAAUAUCUGAUUUAGAUGGCUUGAGCAAAACUUUAUAUCACAAUACAUGCAGGGUCUUUUUCCCUCAGGACUUGGAUACAGCAGCAGAAGCUCUUCUUGAAAGUGGCGCAGUUCCUAAUACGCAGAACUGCUAGCACAUUUCUUUUCAAGUUUUGGCCCGAAGAUGGAACCAGAUACCUGAGCAAUUACCAAACCAUCUAUUUCUAGUUUAUCUAAAGCAAAACGAAGUUGGAUUCUUGGUAAUUUAGGAUUUCAAGCCUUUUUUUUGUUGUUGUGUACUUGUUCAAAUGAGUUUGCUUAUGCAUGCUUCACUGUAUUAUUUCAUGUACUUCACUUUAGUCAGUGUGCUGGAUGUUGAAGAGGCUUACAUUAUAUUUAAGAAAUAAAUGUACUGGAGAAAUCUAUUGCUGUAACUACAUGUCCUUUUUGGGGUUGGUUUU